GUGGAAGACCUUGCUCGGCAUGAUCCUCAAAGCUAUUCAAUGUGGCGGGCGCGAGGGUAUGGGCGCAGACCAUGCUACCCACUCGGUAUUGUCUUGGUUGCAGGUUGCUAAAGCCCAGGGGAAUUGCAUUAUUUUAGCCUCAGUGGACCUCUACGCGGCGUUUUAUACUGCGUUGCAACACCUCGUCUUGAGCCUCCCAAGAGACCCCGACGAAAUCCUCGACUUGAUCCAGAGCAUGGACAUGCCGGCGGCUUUCCAGGAAGGGCUCAAAGUGGCCCUGCAAGGAGCGGCCCCGACGAUGGCCACAGCUUCCUUUGUCGACGACCUCACCGCGAAAGCAGCAGUGGACCACCCGGAGCAGGUCAUCGCGAAGGCCCAACGGCUUAUAGAGAUACUCCACAACCGGAUUGGCCCGACAGGCCUUCAGGUCAAUUUCAGCAAGUCG